UUCUCUUCCACCUGUUACCGCACAACGUGAGUGUCUUUGUAUCAUUCGCCUUCUUUGCAGGAUACAGGCGCAUCGCUACUGUGUCUGUACCUGGUUCGAGACUGGCUUGUGUUUCAGUCCAGGUUUGUUCAUUAUCAGCUCCAGCUGUCGCUUGUUAUAGUUGGAUACUCCAAGAGAUUUCACAAGCCCGGCGUCUUUGCAAGCCUCCAAAGCCUGACAGAGGUAAAAACAGGGCACAGCCGGGAAGCAACAAGUUCAACUUUGGACCAACUGUGUGUUUGACAGGCAAAUAACACAGGCUGCUGUCAAAGGUAUGUUUCCUGACCCGAGGCCAUGUUUCUGAUCAAAUGUAAAUUUUUUGCUUUUAACAUCUUCUGUAAAAAAUUAAGUAAACUGAUUAAAGCUGAUCUUUAUAGUCAAAUAACAAAUAAUUAAUGUAUAAGAGAUUAGUGGGAUGAGAGAUAGAGAAAGAGUGAGUGAGAGAGAGAAAGAGUAAGUGACUGAUUGAGUGAGUGAGAGAGAGAGAGAAUGUGACUAGAAGGACCUCAUAAAUAUGCCAAUCGGUGAAUUGUGGGUUUGACAACAGUUUUCAAACUCAGUUUUGCACAUUGAUCUCACACGUUUUAUUCUUGAACAGCGAGUAGAGGGCAAGUAUUACCUCCCAUGUUGCACAGAGGUCAGUCUCAUGAUAGAUAUAUUUCCCACUGUCAUCUCUGGGGUAGUAUGUUUCCCCUGGCUUCAGAAAAUAAAAGAAUUUUUUUUUAAAUGACAGGAAUAAUAUCAUUGGCAGUAAUGCAAUGUUUACAAAAGACAAGCCAUGUUUUUCAUCCACAGGUACAGAGGUUAACUUGUUUUCACCUUGAAUGCAGUCGGCAUUUCCACUAUAUAGAGGUCAACAUAGUCCAACUGUAACGUCUUCAACGUUUGCUCAAGUGCAGGUCGCACUAAUUCAGGAGGAUGGAAUGUGUUCCACAGCUGCAUGAGACAAAAAAAAGCUGUAACUUGUUACAGUUAGUGUAGCGUUCACCGCCGUGUAGCCAGUAAGCUGUAACUUCACAGACAAACAAACCUUCCCACAGUAGAAGAUGUCUUCUCUCUUCACGGUUCCAUCGGUAAUUUUGUCCCUUAUCGCUUGUCCCACCUCAUGUUCGUUGAAAUAGACCAAAGCCCCAUCAAUGUGUCGGUACCCGGUGUCAAUGGCCACUUUAACUGAUUCACAUGCAGUUCCUUUAGGCGUCUGUCAGGAAAUUGUAAACUCAGUGAAAUACAGUCUGCAUGUCCCAUGGGUAAUCUGGGUAAAUGUACAUUGUGUCUUACCGUGCGAGGGUCUCCAUAUGUCCCCAGUCCCAUCAAGGGUAUGCUGUUCCCAUCACUUAGAGGAAUGGAGUGGCUCUCAGCUGUGAGGUUCAUUCUCAUUCAAGUUUGACUCUUGGAGCCGGCACAGCUGCACGCGUGCUGGUCUAGAGCUCAGGGUUGAGUAUGUCCGUCACAGCGAUAAGAUUAUUCCUGUUCUGCUGCACUUUGACACUGUUGUGGCUCCUGAGAUAACAUUAUAAAGACUCUAACAGUUAGAGUCUUUAUAACUGGGAGGAGUCUAACUCCUCCCAGGGUCGGCAGGGCUGGACUGUGACAGCCCCUCGACUAACUGUCAGUUGAGGCCAAAAUUUAGGUAAUGUUUACAAUGAUAAACACUGUUUACAAUGAGUAAACUUACAUAAAACCUUUAGGGUGUAGCUUCAAACAGGAAAGACUUUUUUUUGAGGGAUUGGUAAAUUGUACUUUCUGAGUAUUUUCAUAGAAGACCUUCGUUAUUUAACAGCUGACUCACAUUUAUAAUACCAUUAUUAAACAAUUGAUCAUAAGGUAAUGACUGGUUAUUGUGUGCGCUAUUGGCUUAAUUCCAGAUAUAGCAUUAUUCCAAAUACUAUAGUUUCAUAGCAGAAUUACUUUAAGAAGCACUUCUUAGGUAAAAAGAAGUGCUUAUCGCUUGAUCCAGUUUAUUCUGAAAGCGUUGUUGAGGGAGCCACAGUCUAUCAUAUUGAACCCUCCGCUGGUGUUUGUAUUCAGACGACAUUUACCCACGAGGAGUUUUUUUUUAUUUUUAAUUGUUUUAAAGGUUUACAUAUUUAUGGAAGUCCAUAUCCGCCACUGGCAUGAAGAAAACAAAAUGUGUAUCUCCUAAUUAUGACAUUAGCAUCUCGUUAUUAUGAGAUAGUAUCUCAUUAUUAUGACUUAGUAUCUCAUAAUAAUGAGACACACUUUUCUUUUUCUUGGCAGUGGCGGAAAUGGGCUUCCAUACAUUGCUUUGGGACACAUUCAAACGGGGGAACAAACUGCGACGCGACACCAGCCCCGUGUGACUGUCUCUUUAAGACACCGCAGGGGCUUAUGGGUAAUGUACAUCGUUUGUGUUUAGAGAAGCCAGCGCACAGAUGGUCGCUUUUCCCCGGGACCCAUGAGCCUCUAAACACUUUGUAUGUAGCCUCACUUUAAUCCACAAGUGACCGUGAGAUAUUAAUUGUUGCCCGUGCUUAAUGGGAAGCGCAACAAACGCGGGGAAAUCACUAUUUAUUGACCCUUAGCAUAUGUGCACUCAAAUCAAGCUAGCUCGCUAGUUUAGCUUCCAGGCCGGAAGUCAUACUCAAGCCCAACGGUGGACGAACAGUCCAGUAAAGCACAGUUUGCGGUGUUAAAAUGGCUGCGUCUUUAUUGUUGUAAUGCGCCGGGUCGGUGUUGAUAUCCCCUGUCGGGCUGGCUUCAGCUUAAACCUGAGGUGACGCUUUUGUUUUUAAUCGCACCGCUGUAUCGACCGGGAGCACAGAUGGACGAAAGUGUCGAUCAUGUCGACAACGACGACAUCGUCAUCAUCGUGGAGAACGAGGCGGAGAGCCUGCCCGCCCGGGAGGAGCGGCUCAAGCUGCAGGGCACCACCGGGCUCAUGGACACUUGUCCCAGCUGCAAGUUGAGCUUCCACAACCGGGAGCCCAAGCUGCUGCCCUGCCUCCACUCCUUCUGCAAGAGGUGCCUGCCGCCCCCCUUCCGGAGCGCCGACCCCCGGCGGGACUCCCAGGGCCAGGUCGACCUCAACAAACCACUGGGCGCCCUCCGCUGUCCGGUAUGCAGACAGGAAUGCUGGGAGAUGGACGUGCUGGAUAAUUUCUUUGUCAAGGACUCUGCUGAGAUGCCGAGCAGCACGAUGGAGAAAAGCAGCCAGGUGUGUAUGAGCUGUGAGGACAACACAGAAGCAACAGGUUACUGUGUGGAGUGUGUGGAGUUUCUGUGCCUGACGUGCAUUGAGGCGCACCAGCGGGUCAAGUUCACCAGGGAUCACACCAUACGGCAGAAAGAGGAGAUGUCUCCAGCAGUUGGCCUUUCCACACAGAAACCCGUGUUUUGUGACAUCCACAAGCAGGAGCCCCUGAAGCUGUUCUGUGAGACGUGUGACCGACUCACCUGUCGAGACUGUCAGCUGCUUAAGCACAAGGAUCACAACUACCAGUUUUUGGAGGAUGCUUACAGAAACCACAGGCAGUACCUGGAGAACAUGACGCAGCAGUUACAAGAGAAACGAAAAUCCAUUGAAGAAGUGUCUAGCUGUAUCAGCAACGGACUUCAACAAGUUGAAGAAAACCGUAAGUCUGUAACAAAUGAAAUAAAGAAGUCCAUUUGUAACCUGAUCAUGGAGAUCAACAGGAAGGGGAAGAUUCUGGUUAACCAGCUUGAGGGUCUAACUAAAGAACACGAGCUUAGUUUGAAAAAGCAACAAGACGACGUCAACUCGCUGAGACGGCACCUCGAUCAUGUAAUAAGCUUCACAAAAUCGGCCACAGCCAGCCACAGUGGAACAGCUCUGCUGUACUGCAAGAGACUGAUCCUUUACCAGAUCCAUUACCUGAUGAGAGCAAGCUGUAAUCCCUCCAUCGUCCCUCAGAGUUCAGUUCGCUUCCAGUGUCGCUCCGGUUUCUGGGCCACUAACGUAGACCUUGGUGCUCUGACGGUAGAAAGGGGCCCGGGACGAGCGCCAAUCCCCAACCACCAAGCACCUCCCAGAGCAGAGGCGGCUGCUGCAGCUCUGUCGCUCUCCGCUCAGCAGCGUCAGAGCACGCUGGCCCAGCUCCAGAUGCAGGUUGACAAGCUUUCCCAACAGUCCCACAGACAGCCCCCUCCCAACCACUGGUCCUGGUACCAGAACGUCCGGCUCCCGGGACCCCCUGGACCCCCUGGACCCCCUGGACCCCCUGGCCCUCUGCCGCCGACCAGGCCCGUCCACGGAGGAUCCUCCCCCUCCCAGGGACCCCUAGGUUUGGCACAACCGGGACGCAGGUAUGGGAGUUCCCAGCCCAGCACGAGAAGUCCCACUUCCUCCAUGCUUCACAACACGGGAUUCACACCUUCUCAGUCUCUGAGAGAUCUGAUCAAUAGCUCCAGCUUCCCUCCUAAACCCGGGGAUGUGUUGCAGGGUGCUUCUCGCUACCCACAGCCUCUGUCUGCCGGAGCAGCGACACAGAUGUCCCUACAUCAGAGGGGCAUGCCUGAGCCCUCCUUCCUGAAGAGGAGUGAGGCCAGCGCAACGGUUCCCUCCAUCUCCAUCUCCAUCCCCAAACCAAGCUACGUUCCAAAUCUCGCCUCAGCAUCAACAGAUAAAACAAGCACACUUAACCACAUGACAGUUCAAGCAAGGCAGAACUCCCCGAUGGCCAAACCUUCGUCUUCAGACCGAGGCACAGGGACGUCUUCCUGGAAGCAGAGUUCUGAGCCGACGUCUGCCCCCUCAGCCAAGCGACGAAGAAGGACGUCGCCUGGGCCCAUUAUCAUCAUCAAAGAUGAACCAGAGGACGAGGAUGAAGUUCAUUUUGUGCAGUCCAGCGUUGGGUCCAGCCUGCCCGACAGCAGCACCGGGGCUCAGGCAAACCCCCGGCUGCAGCAGAAGGCGUCUGUCCCAAACCCGGUCCCCGUAUCAGAGUCCGACACUGGGAAAGAGCAGUGUCCUCAGCCCGUUGCUCAGCCAGAGUCUGUGAAGAGAGCGGAGCCGGAGGACGAUCCCAACGAGGACUGGUGCGCCGUGUGUCAGAACGGAGGAGAGCUGCUGUGUUGCGACAAGUGUCCCAAAGUUUUCCACCUGUCCUGCCACAUCCCAUCGCUGAACGAGUCCCCAAGUGGCGAGUGGUUCUGUUCAUUCUGCCGAGACCUGGUCUCACCUGAGAUGGUGUACGACUCCGACAGAAAGGAUGAGGUCGCCUCUGAUGAAUUCUCACCGGUCAAUAGAAGGAGCUGUGAGAGGUUGCUCCUGCGUCUGUUCUGCAAUGACUUCAGCACUGACUUCCAGCAGCCUGCUUCUCCAUCGGAGACCAAACGGUACAAAGAGCUGAUCAAGACGCCGAUGGAUUUGUCGAUAGUGAAGAGGAGACUGGAGUCUAAGUCGCAGGACGGUGAAUAUUAUAUGUGUCUGGAGGGAUUUGUCGCCGAUGUCAGGCUCAUAUUUUUCAACUGUGCAAAAUAUUACAAGGUGACCUCAGAAGUGGGCAGCGCAGGCGUGUACUUGGAAGAGUACUUUGAGGAGCAGCUGAAGCUCGCCUACCCAGAUAAGAUCUUCCCUGGUGGGAGGGAAGAGCAGAUGAUCCCUCCUUUAGAGGACGAGAUCGAUGAAGAUGAGGAAAUGAUGGCAGACAAUGUGGCGCCCAUGGAAGUUGACAAACCACAGAGUCCUGCAGGACCAGGAAUCCCCCCUGUGGAAGAGGAUUUUGGUCCUCUGGAAGAAGCGCCGGCCGCAGAAGAGGAGGAAAAGUUGGAAACUGAGGAGAAGGCAACCAACACGAGCAAGAAGGAGAAAGAGGAGAAGGAGGAGAAAGAGAAGGAUCCAGACGAGAAGGAGAUGGAAGAGAAGGAGACGGAGGAGAAGGAGUCAGAGGAGAAGGUUGCCACCGCUCAGGACGCCACUUCUCCUACAGAGGAGGUUGAGAAGGACGAGAAGGCUCCCGUGAAGGAGGUGAAAAGCCCUCUCGCUGCUGAUAGUGACUCAAAAGACGGGGUCGCUCCCUGCUCCACAAAGGAAGAGAACCCUGACCUCCCUGCAGAGAUGACUGUAGAUGCGGCCGAAACCCAGGAGGAGGAGGCGGCAGACACAGCCAAGGAGGAGUCAGCGUAGAUGGUUGACAAUGGAGAGAAAGUGGAAAAAAGAGGAUUUUAGUCUUCCGCAGAAUCGGCCCCAGUGGGGACCUCCAUGUGCUGCAAUCAGAUUUUGUACCAGGUUAUAUUUGCAAUAGGGGGGAAAAGCGUCCGGCUUUACUGAAGAGACGUAUUUAGUGAGAGUGAUGCACAUUUAAGGGACUGAAUAAGUUCUUUGUGUUAUCGCUAUACAAAGGUUACAGUUUUGUGAUGAUGACGACACUAAGAAGCACACAACUGAUUGUUGAUAGGAUAGUGUGUACGUUAUCAUCCAUUACCUAAUCACUGUAUAUAAUGACGCCAUGAACUCCAGGCACAAACGCUGCAGCUGGAGUAAGGAAACAAGACUUUGGAUCAGAAAUGCAUGUGCGAUGUCUUAAUAUAAAUAUUAAUGCCUCUGUUUUUGUGUCUUUAUAGACUUGUACCAGCCACCUGGUUCAUAAGCAAGUGGUGUUUUAUUGCAAUAGUAUUAUUUUCUAUUUUAUUAUUUUGAUAAGCUUCGUAUCCAACAAAUAGGGCUGCUGUAUAUACUGUACAAAGAAGUGACCCUUAUAUCAGUGUGACGAUGUGAUGGAUAACUUUGUGGGAACAAAUCAGAAAUUGUUAUCACGGUUAGUUUUAAAAAGAAAUGUGUCCACUUCAAGGUCUCUUACUCCCCUGAAUCCCAAAGAUGAUUCAUCACGCAGCCGCCUUGUUGUGUUUCUUCACAGACUUUUAUUUAUUGAAAUAUUAUCGCUCAGAGAUUGUUCAGAGACACAAUUAUCAUAUUGUUCUUGUCAGCCUCUGACAGCGGUGUGUUUUCCAGAUUGUGACCUUGUCCGUCUGCAUCAUUAAAAACAUGCUUUUACGUCA